AUGAACUCAAAAAGCGAAACUGACGAAGCUUCAAGGGGGAGCGAAGCAUCAUCGUCAAAUAACAAUUCAACCCCAAGCAAUUCUAAAGAUCACUCUGCACCAGGUUUAUGCGCCGAUUCAGGUUCAAGCAAUACUCAAGACAUUAUGAAGCGAGCUGCAGCAAGACAAUUGAUUGAAAGAUAUUUUUAUCAGUUAUUAGAUGGAUGUGGUAAUCCUAAUUGUGAUAACCAAUAUUGUGCAUCAAGUGGAGAGGCAAGAAAUCUUACCCCUAAUGAAGCAGCAGCUGAAGCAAUAAAACUUUUCUAUAAAGAAGCCCGUCUUUGUGAUACUUUGCCUAACAAGGUGCCAAGGACAGAAGCAAGCACUUGUGACUCCAGUGCAAGCACAACUUGUACAACUUCAAGCUUAAAAGACAAAUCAAUUGAAAAGGAGAAAAAGUCUGAUUCGGCAUGCUGCAGUACAUCACCAACAGAGAAUAAGGCAGAGACACAUACUGAAGCUAGUCAUAAUGUAUCUCAAGAGGAAUAUAAAACUCUAAGUCAUAAUAAUGGUGUCCCGUUGACUGAAGAUCGUAUAUAUGAGCUAUGCAAUGAAUGUCUUCAAAGCAAAAAACCACAGACCCUAAUAAGGGCGUUAGGUGAAGCGUUUACACAACCACUAAUACUAGCUAGGUGUUUUCAAAGGAAAGUGCUUGAUAAUGAGAACUAUAGUACUGGAGAGAAAAAGUCAGAAAAGGAAUUAAAAGCAAUGUGCUCAUCAAGUGACCCAGAUAAAGAUGUGGACAGCGUGACGGGGCCAGGCCUCGAUGUCGCCUCGUGUCGGAGAGCCUUUCAGUACCUUGCUAAAGUGCCAUCAGAAUACUACAGUUCCGCAUUAGUGACAGCUCUCACGACGCUUGCUGAAAAUCUGGAGAUAGAUCUCCGGAUAGCUAGGAACAUGAGCAUGGAGGACGCGGUCAACUGCUUCGUGAUAGCCUUCGAGGUGCCGGACCUCGGCUGCAGCGACUACCUGGAGAUAGCGCUGCCCGCGCUGUGCCACGCUGCUGAACAUUUGCCUGUUAAAGCUCAAGCGAAAUUAGCUCGAGUAUGGGCCCAGCAUUGUAAAGAUAGUCUUCGCCAUAUAUUAGAAACACUACAACAGCUUAUAACACUAAGAGUCAUAUCGACAAAUUAUUCUAGAAAUUUCCAAGUUCAAGACGAUGAGAGUGUUACCAUGGCUACGAAACUCAUGAAGAUAGUAUACUACGCGAAUAUGUUAGCGGGAGCGAUCGAGCCUAACACGCUGCGGGAAGAGCCGGUGGUGAUAGCUAACCAGCUCGACCCGCUAGGCGACGCCUUGGACCAUUUAUAUCCCUUGUCCUCUAUCAAAAACUCUAAACAAGCUCAACAGGAUGAUCCUUUAGCAAUUGAAUUAGAUAUCAAUGUAUUAGACGCUAGAAAACCGUUUUUGCCAUUUGAAGAGUUCUACAACGAACCUCUUAGUGAUACUAUAGAAAUGGAUAUAGACUUAGCUAAUUGUAAAACUGAAAUAGGUAAUGGUAAAAAAUUCUCGUUCCUCAAAUACCCGUUCAUACUGACCGCGGCGACCAAGUCCCUAGGCCUCUACUACGAGAACCGUAUACGGAUGUACUCGGAGAGACGCGUGUCGUUACUGCACGCGGUGGUAGGGGCUGCCCCGCCCAUGCCCUUCCUCAGGCUCAAAGUGAGGCGCUCCCAUAUAAUAGACGACGCGCUGGUCGAGCUGGAGAUGAUAGCAAUGGAGCGUGCUCUGGAUCUCAAGAAGCAGCUCGUGGUGGAGUUCGAGGGCGAGCAGGGCGUGGACGAGGGCGGCGUCAGUAAGGAGUUCUUCCAGCUCGUAGUGGAACAGAUAUUCAACCCAGACUAUGGCAUGUUCACGCAGAGACCUGAUGAGAGUACCGUUUGGUUCAACCCGACGUCGUUCGAAACAGAAGCACAGUUCACAUUGAUUGGUAUAGUGUUAGGACUCGCAAUUUAUAACAAUAUAAUAUUAGCCGUUAAUUUCCCUAUGGUCGUGUAUAGAAAGCUUAUGGGAAAGAAGGGCUCCUUUGAAGACUUAGCUGACUGGAAUGCGACUUUAUAUAACGGUUUAAAAGACAUGUUAGAAUACACAGGCAAUGAUUUAGAAGAAGCAUAUUACCAAACGUUCAGGAUAUGUUACACAGAUGUAUUCGGCAACAAUAUUUUCCACGAUCUAAAAGAAAAUGCUGAUAACAUAUUUGUGACGCAGGAAAAUAAACAGGAAUUCGUGGACAUGUACGCGGACUUCCUCCUGAACAAGUCUGUGGAGACGCAGUUCCGCGCGUUCCGGCGCGGCUUCGUGAUGGUGACGGACGAGAGCCAGCUCGGCGCGCUCUUCCGCCCCGAGGAGGUCGAGACGCUCGUCUGCGGGAGCAAGAAUUUCGACUUCAACGAAUUAGAGAAAUCAACGGAAUACGAUGGCGGUUACACGGCCGACUCUCAGACUAUAAAGGACUUUUGGAGUAUCGUGCACAGCUUUUCUUUAGAGGACAAACGAAAACUUUUACAAUUCACUACCGGUUCUGAUCGUGUGCCAGUGGGGGGGUUGAGUCAUUUGAAGCUAGUUAUAGCCAGAAACGGCCCAGAUUGUGACCGCCUCCCCGCUGCCCAUACCUGCUUCAAUGUACUACUUUUACCCGAAUACGAGAACAAAGAAAAACUAGAAGACAGACUGAUGAAAGCCAUUAGCUAUUCCAAAGGUUUCGGGAUGCUU